UUAAAAACAACACAAAACUGCCCUUUACAUAGAUUUUUACGCUAGCUGUUCCUUCUUAGCUCUUUGGGAUUGUACAAAUCAGUUAAUCUCCUGAGACUGGGUAUUCUCAUUUCUAGAAUUUGAGGGGAAAAAUCAGGACUCAUGAAUGUUCAAUGUAAGAAUGUUUGUGAAGUGUUUAAAACUUAUGAACUAUUACCAAAAAGUUUGUAAUUAGGGUUUUAUUUUUUCCUAUGAUAAUGUAACUCUUCUUUGUUUUAUUCUUAGCAAUAUGUUAAGGAUACCUCUAAGAAGGGCCUUAGUAGGCCUUUCUAAUAAGUCUUCCAAAGGAUGUGUUCGAACAACUGCCACAGCAGCAAGCAACUUAAUUGAAGUAUUUGUUGAUGGUCAGUCUGUCAUGGUGGAACCAGGAACUACCGUCCUCCAAGCUUGUGAGAAGGUUGGCAUGCAGAUCCCUCGAUUCUGUUAUCAUGAAAGAUUGUCUGUUGCUGGAAACUGCAGGAUGUGCCUGGUUGAAAUUGAGAAAGCUCCUAAGGUUGUAGCUGCUUGUGCCAUGCCAGUAAUGAAAGGUUGGAAUAUCCUGACAAACUCAGAGAAAUCUAAGAAAGCCAGAGAAGGUGUGAUGGAGUUCUUGCUAGCAAAUCACCCACUGGACUGUCCUAUUUGUGACCAGGGAGGUGAAUGUGAUCUGCAGGACCAGUCCAUGAUGUUCGGAAGUGAUAGGAGCCGAUUUUUAGAGGGGAAACGUGCUGUGGAGGACAAGAACAUUGGGCCAUUGGUAAAGACCAUCAUGACUAGAUGUAUACAGUGUACUCGCUGCAUCAGGUUUGCAAGUGAGAUUGCAGGAGUAGAUGAUUUGGGAACAACAGGCAGAGGGAAUGAUAUGCAAGUUGGCACAUAUGUUGAAAAGAUGUUCAUGUCUGAGCUCUCUGGAAAUAUCAUUGAUAUCUGCCCUGUAGGUGCCCUGACCUCUAAGCCCUAUGCUUUUACUGCCCGCCCUUGGGAAACAAGAAAGACGGAAUCCAUUGAUGUCAUGGAUGCAGUUGGAAGUAAUAUUGUGGUAAGCACAAGAACAGGAGAGGUGAUGAGGAUUUUGCCAAGGAUGCACGAGGACAUCAAUGAAGAGUGGAUCUCUGAUAAAACCAGAUUUGCCUAUGAUGGGCUAAAACGUCAAAGACUUACGGAGCCGAUGGUCAGAAAUGAAAAGGGGCUUUUAACCUAUACCUCCUGGGAGGAUGCACUCUCUCGUGUAGCUGGAAUGUUGCAAAGUUUUCAGGGCAGUGAUGUGGCAGCAGUUGCAGGUGGCUUGGUGGAUGCUGAAGCCCUGGUAGCUCUCAAGGAUUUGCUUAAUAAGGUGGACUCUGACACCCUGUGCACGGAAGAGGUCUUCCCCACUGCAGGAGCUGGCACAGAUUUGCGUUCCAACUAUCUUCUUAAUACUACAAUUGCUGGUGUGGAAGAGGCAGAUCUUGUCCUUCUGGUUGGUACAAAUCCACGUUUUGAGGCACCACUGUUUAAUGCUAGAAUUCGAAAGAGCUGGCUUCACAAUGACUUAAAAGUAGCCCUUAUUGGCAGCCCAGUGGAUCUCACUUAUAGAUAUGACCACCUGGGAGAUUCUCCCAAAGUUCUUCAAGACAUUGCUUCCGGUAGCCAUCCGUUCAGCCAGGUAUUACAUGAAGCUAAAAAACCAAUGGUGGUUUUAGGCAGUUCUGCACUCCAGAGAAAUGAUGGCGCAGCAAUUCUUGCAUCUGUUUCCAACAUUGCUCAAAAGAUUCGGAUGAGUAGUGGUGUUUCUGGUGAUUGGAAAGUUAUGAAUAUCCUUCAUAGGAUUGCAAGCCAGGUAGCUGCUUUGGACCUUGGCUAUAAACCUGGGGUGGAAGCAAUUCGCAAGAACCCUCCCAAAGUGCUGUUUCUCCUGGGAGCAGAUGGAGGUUGUAUCACUCGACAGGAUUUGCCAAAGGAUUGUUUCAUUAUUUAUCAGGGACAUCAUGGUGACAUCGGCGCUCCAAUAGCUGAUGUUAUUCUCCCAGGCGCUGCUUACACAGAGAAGUCUGCUACUUAUGUCAAUACUGAGGGCCGAGCCCAGCAGACUAAAGUAGCAGUGACACCUCCUGGCUUGGCAAGAGAAGAUUGGAAAAUUCUAAGAGCCCUCUCUGAGAUUGCAGGUAUGACUCUUCCAUAUGAUACUCUGGAUCAAGUAAGGAACAGACUGGAAGAAGUCUCUCCGAAUCUUGUCCGAUAUGAUGAUGUCGAAGGAGCCAAUUAUUUCCAACAAGCAAAUGAGCUUUCCAAGCUGGUGAACCAGCAACUUCUUGCUGAUCCGCUUGUUCCACCUCAGCUAACAAUAAAAGACUUCUACAUGACAGACUCAAUUAGCAGAGCCUCACAGACAAUGGCCAAAUGUGUCAAAGCUGUCACGGAGGGUGCCCAGGCAGUAGAGGAACCAUCCAUAUGCUGAAACUUCUGCUAGGAGCCCCAUUUUCUUACAGAUAAUUAAUGGACAGUUAUGUUGGAGUGAUCUCCUACAGGUUUAUCUCUUUAAAAAAUAAUCUGAAUGAUGUAAUACUCAAGGUCGUACCUUGCUUAUUUGAAAAUGAUGCUGCAGUUAUCAGUGAACUUUGAGGUUUCAAAAACAUAUAUGUAUUGUGUAAACAUUGUUAAAUUGUUCAAUAAAAAGUGUAUACAGAUGCUCUUUCACAUAAAAGUAUUGGCAGUCUUUGUGACACAUAAAAAGAAAAUUCUUAAAAUAUGAGUUUUUGUUUAUUUUCGUUGAUAUUUAUGUUUGUAAAAAUGGAUGAAAUAAGAAGAGCUUCCAUCAG